AGCUCAUCGUUGGGAAAGGCGUCUCAUUUUCCUGCAGUCCAGCUACAGGCACAGAGCUCACACCAAACAUCUCCACAACAUGUCUCCAAACCUCCAGCGGCUGUGACGGGACUCUCCACACACUCAGCUCUCCUGCUACACUGGCAUCGGACAUUAAACAGCUGGAACAGGUCAAGAGGUCCCUGAUCAACUGAGCAGAUGAAGGGUGAUCUAAUAUCACAGCGACUGGCCUGCUUCCCAGCUCAUUAUUACUUUUGGUACGCGCUAGGCCUGCCUCAAACUCGUACCGUGAGUAAUAAUGCACUGUGGCAGGCAUUAAGCUACCUGACACUGCAGCUACAGCUCUGGAGUCCAGUAAAAGAGGAGCAUCAUGAAGACCAUCAGUCUGCAUUUCACAUGUGAUUUUUACUCUUUGCAUUUGCACUGUAUGUAAAAAAAAAUGUUUAAAUGAACGAGUGUGUGAAAUGGCAGUUACUGGUGACAUGGGAGAAAUAGGUUCGAGUGUUGAGACGUAUGGCCUGUGGUUUUUCAGGUGACAUGUAAAGUGCAUUAUAAUUUGGGGUUUCAGUUCAAUACAGAAUCAUAUAUUAUUAUUAUUAUUAUUAUUAUUAUUAUUAGACAGUAUAAUGUUAAAUUAUAAAUGUUUUUAUCUACAUGCACCUUUGUCUUAAUUAUAUUGGAUAUUGGGAAAUAAGUUUGUAUUUUAAUAAAUAUUUAAUAAUUAAUUAUUUGGGACUAUAUUGUUUGUUGUUUUUUUUUUUAAUCCUGCAAUUAAAUUGAUUUAUUUCACAAAUGUUCUCGCUGAAACACAGAUUUGUUUUAUUUUCUGUAUCAGGACACUUAUUAGCUACUUGGUAUUGUGUCCAAAAAAACCAAAAGAUGUGACACAGCACCUUACUAAGACACUAUCUGAUGUCUUUUCCUUCAAUUUGUCUUAUAUACUUCACUCAUUUUAAACUCUAGUAGCUCUUUCCUGCAGCAUGAUCUUUUUCCUAUGCGAAAGAUAAACAAAACAAACAAACAAACAAACAAACAAACAACGCAUACUAGCCUCUCGCACUAAACAGUAUGCUGUAAUAGUAAACAGCACGCUCUUUUGGAAUACUACUUAGUACGUUAGUAUACUAGUCUUCUAGAAAGGGUAUGACGUCACCUGGUUACUCUGUUGAUGGCAACCAGCAGGCUGGAGGAAACGAAACCGCGCUGCAGUGCAGUUUAAUUAGAGUUGAAUUAAACAUUAAACAUGGACGCGGAGUGUUUAGAUGCGGGGAUAAACACGGAGCAGCAGCAGUCUGAUAAAAACACCGACCUGAAAACAAGCGAUGUUUACAGGGUGAAUGAAAAUCUGCCAAAACGUUUCAACAAUCCCGCCUGCUUUAAAGGCUACAGUAGGAAGAUGGCCCACCCGCUGUACCAAACAACCAACCAGAUAUACGGCAGCAAAAAACCUACAGUCCAUGAAAUGCCGACAACCUUUCAUGGAAGCUGGCACAAGUUUUCAGACCUCCUCCUGAAAAGUGGAAUGUUCCGAGAUACAGGCUUCAACACAUCGCUGGAGAAGAGUCAAAUCACCGGGCCAAGUACCAUCAACAUGCGCGACGACAGAAUCACCUUUCAUCGUUUAUACCACCCUGGAGGAAACGAACAAGCCGAGACUAAUGUGUCUUGAGACUAAUGCAUUGUUUUGCCCUGUAAUUAAUAAAAAUGCCAUUUUAAUGAGGUUAA